UAUUGCGCUUCAGAGUAGAAGCAGCGUUUGUAAGGAUGUUGUGACAGCAGCUGUAAUAUUGCUCUAAAAAAGCGCUACACUCACUGGUCUGACUGCGUUGUUUGGAGUAGAAAGAACCAAUCUGAGCGCCUCACAUCGCGUUUCGUUUGAUGAACGCACCCCCAUUGUUGGUCCGCUGGGGGCCUAAAAGUGGAGCAGCACCCGGCUUUUAUGAAUGGGGAUGCUCGGUUCCCUGGCUGACUGGAUUUAAGGACCAUCAAUAUUAAUUCCAAGAUUUCAAACAAAGACUCUCCCAAAGAUUCUAGCUGCUGCCCAGCUAUCUCUUAUUGCACAGCAAAACAAACACUUAAUCAGCCACCAUGCCAAUCUUGAAACAGUUGGUGGCAUCCUCGUCCCAGACCAAGCGUCGCUCCCGUAUGGACCUGACCAGGGAGAUGAUCAGUGCUCCUCUGGGUGACUUUCGCCACACCAUGCAUGUAGGCCGCAGCGGUGAUGCUUUUGGUGACACCUCUUUUCUCAGCACACGCUCAGGGGAACCCCCUCCAGAGUCCACAUCCUUUCCCCGCUCUCCUCGACCUGGACUCUUGUCACGCACCUUUAGGAGCAGCAAGCGCUCCCAGUCAGUGAACAGAGUGGACCAGCAGAAAGAUAACACCCUACUGGUCCCUGGAGGAUCACCCACUUAUGUAAAAAACGCCAUGUCUCUGCCCUUUCUCAAUGAUGAAGACAGAGAAGACAGCAUUGUGGCAAAGAGUUUGUCUUCAAGUCCGCUGAAGCAGCACAGUGAGUUGGAUGGGAGAGGUGCAGUUGCAGCUACUCAUGUUUUAGAGCUGGAGGAACGAAGCUUUGGUGAGCUUACUGAGCUGCCAGAGAGCUCUCUUCACUAUGGAGGUGGAAUGAAGCAUGCAGUGUCAGUUAUGUCAUUUCACGUUGACCUGGGACCCUCCAUGCUGGGUGAAAUCCUCGGUGUGAUGGAGAAGGAGGAUGAUGAUCUUGGUUAUGAGGAGGGCAAAAGUAGCGAGGGCCGCACCUCACCACUGCUCAGUGCCCAUGGUGAGGAAGAGGUUUACAUCGAGAGUGUAAAAGACGAAGAUGCAAAGGAGCAGGUGGAGGCAGACAAAGAAACAGCAGAGCUGCAGCAGCAGGCCUCUAUGCUUCCAGCCAGCUCUGAUGAUCUGAGGCCCGAGGAUGGAGGGCCUUACACUCCAGAGUACACUCCUGAGAUACGCCCCAAACAUUUGCAGCACCUAGACAGCUGCUCUAUGUCCAGUUCUGGAUCUGCUGCUCUGGAUGAGAAACCUAGCAGCCAGAUGUAUGCAGGAGAUACAGACAGCGCCACCUUCAGUGCCCCGCCAGAGGAGGAGAGCAACUUUUCCUCUUUCUUGGAGGAUGAAGAUGAUGAGAUUCAUGUAUAAGAGUCCAAAGUCUACUUAGGGGGGGGGUGAACAAGCUGUGGAGGUGGUUUAUGUGAAACUGGCAAGUCCUUUGACAGUGUGGAUUUGCAGUUAAAUGGGUAGACGAUACUGUAGUCAGGAACUGUGCGAAUGGGACUGUGAAGAAGAUGGAGGAUUUCUCCAUUUAUAGGGCUACAAAGAAACUGUGACUACUCCUUUAGGAUGUGCCCAAACAUCAUCUGUCAGACAGCCUUACCCUGCACUCUUUUUCUGUCAAUCUGUGCCUCCCUUUUGAACACUGAGGGAACUGACAUGGUAGGGAAGACACUUUCUGAAUAUGGAACAUUCCAGAAGUAAGCAGGGAGUAGUGGUUAGAAAGGAACUUUGUAGGAAAAACACUUUCCACAAGUAAAACUCAGCUCAGCCUUUCUCUCUGCCUCUCUCCUCUCACUUGACGUGUCACAUGUGCUUUUUUCAUUUGGUUCGCCUCUUUUCUUCACUCUGGCUGUGGGACAUCAUGAGGCCUGAGCUGAACAGAAGGCCUCUGUCACAACAGGAUCACUGGUGGGUGUCUUGUCACAAUAAAGGGAGCUGUGGUUGUCACUGGUGUGUGAGGCCCUAUACUGAGCCUCUUUCAUCUGAAAAUAUUAUAGUAGCACCAUAGAUCUAUCAGAUUUUUUUUUUCUUCCCUCCCUUGGUCUAACUUACAUAUUUCAGGGUCCUUGUGAGACUGCUCAAAGGCCACCAUUUCCUGCUGUAAAGCUAGACUGCAAAGCCCAUACCAAAAUUGUCUCCUUUUUUUGGUAAUUCAUUGAGUUUCACAUAGACUUAGACUCAGUAAAUUGGAGAAAAACAGGGAAAUUAAGGUAAUGGAGAUGUACUGGGCUAAACUGACAACAUAGCAAGGUGUUACUACAGGAAACCAGAAGUGGGAAAAGUAGUGUGACACACUUUUAGUUGCCUUUUUAUAUCUUUUUUUUUUUUUUCCACCCAAUGGACAAACAUUUUUCUGAUAAUUUCCAUUAACUAACACAAACUGACUUUCUUCCUUUUUACUUAUGUCAAGUUCGACUUGAAACUGAAUAAUGUCUGAUAACCACUUCCUUCCUUUUUUUUCGGCACAUCCGAGCAACUGCAGCCGUGCAACUGAUCUGUGUAGAAGAUUUUCAUAACUCAAGGGACUACCUUUUAUGUAUAAACCAUUUUCACCACUACAUAUGAGUAGGGCUUCACUGUCUGUGACUCGCAAAUUGCGUGUACCAGCAGGCACAAUUAAAUCAGACACUACUAGUAUUUAGUGUUUAAAAACUUGUUUUCUAUAAUAUUUGUUUAAAAAAAAAAUACAAAUCUCUGCCAUUUUUGUUAUGUGUGCUUGGAGAGUGGAUGGCGGGGAGAGACACAGCCAGCAAUGGAUGCAAGAGCAUUAAGAAAAGAUUGUUAUUUUUGUGCAAGUUGCAUAGUCAUUGCACCUCGACUGCCUUUCUUGCAUCAUUAAAAGCUGCGGCCAGAAGUAUUGAGGCUUAGUUGGGCUGAUUGAUUCCACUGCCUUAACUGAAACUGACAGAUGUGCCAAAUUGUGAUUUUUGGGAGAGUCUGCCACAUACAUUUCACUUCCUUCUCUGUACCAGUAUUCACUGUGCAAGUUUUGGCAUGCAAAUUAAGAUGAAGAUAAGUGCUAUUAGAUGUGAUAUCCUGUAAGAAAAGGAAAUAGAAGAGCUUGCAUAAGUGAAUAUAUUUCACUCACGCGCCGCAAUAUAUGCGAGUAAAUCCAAAUGUUAAGUGUGAAUGAGAAGUUGUCUGUUUUCUGUAUGUUAUUACACCUUAUUUUUGUCUUCUCUGUAUAUUUACAGCUUUUUUUGUUUCUGUACUACUCAAAAUAACCUAUAUUUUUCAAUAAAAGCUUGA